UUUCUGAAAGAUAACGUGACCUCCUGAUAACCUCAGCACAUGUCUCUUUUCUUUUCCAGAAGCACUCGUCCAAACAUCGUCCAGAGAUGGCAAAGGUUUUCAAGAAGACAAGUGGAAAUGGAGGACUCACCCUCUACCUGGGGAAGAGAGAUUAUCUGGACGAUGUGUCCAAAGUGGAACAAGUUGAUGGCGUCGUGAAGCUGGAUCCAACAGAUUUUGGCGACAGGAAAGUGUUCGUGCAGCUGGCCUGUGCCUUCCGCUACGGUAGUGAUGAUCUGGACGUGAUGGGCCUGUGCUUCAGGAAGGACAUCUGGAUCACACACAUCCAGAUCCACCCUGAUCCCGUCAAGCCCACUCUGACCCCCAUGCACGAAACCCUGCUGAAGAAGGCUGGCGACAACGCUCACCCUUUCUCUUUUGAGAUCCCCACCAACCUCCCCUGCUCAGUCUCAUUGCAGCCGGGACCUGAUGACAAGGGGAAGGCCUGUGGUGUUGACUUCGAGGUGAAAACCUACCUGGCCAAGGAGAAGGCCAACCCUGAUGAGAAAAUCGAGAAGAAGGACACUGCCCGCCUCGUCAUCCGUAAAAUCCAGUUUGCCCCCACCCAGGUGGGCGCCGGGCCCAAGGCUGAGCUCUGCAAAAGCUUCAUGAUGUCUGACAAGCCCGUUCACCUAGAAGCUUCAAUGGAGAAAGAUCUCUACUUUCAUGGAGAGGCCAUCCCAAUUAAAAUCAAAAUCAAGAACGAGAGCAACAAGACGGUCAAGAAAAUCAAAAUCACUGUGGACCAAACCACAGACAUCGUCCUCUACUCUGCAGACAAAUACACCAAGACUGUCCUUAACCAGGAGUUUGGAGAGACAGUGGAGCCCAAUGGCACUUUCGAGAACACUCUGAGCGUCACACCACUGCUGAACGACAACAAGGAGAAAAGAGGUCUGGCGCUGGACGGACGGCUGAAGGACGAGGACACAAACUUGGCCUCUACCACUAUGCUGCGACAGGGAGUCGAGAAAGAGGUGCUUGGAAUCCUGGUUUCCUACAAGAUUAAGAUCAACCUCAUGGUGGCUGGAGGGGGCCUGCUCGGCGGCCUCACUUCCAGCGACGUCACAGUGGAGCUGCCAUUGUUGCUCAUGCACCCCAAACCUGAAGAGUAAAGACCACAUGUCAGU